AUAAUGGCAUGUUAAUAAUGUAGCUUGUUGUGGCAUCCAACGAAGACGAUUUCACAAUGAAAUGGAAUUACUGCAGUAUGGUUUGAUUCUGUGUACAGCAAUUGAAUUGUUGCUGAUAACACUUCAAUUUCUAGCCAAAUCUGAGUUCUACAGUGAAGGUGGCAUGACUCACGGUGUCUCAAGAAGUUCAGUUUGUAAGAGUAUUUGGCAGGUGCUAAAAGCUUUAGACCGCCGCUUGAAUACUGUGGUAUUCCCUACAUCAGAGAGAGAACUGGUCCAAGUGAAACAAAAAAUUUUUGGUAUAGCCGGAAUUCCAAAUGUGAUUGGAGCAGUGGAUUGCACACACAUCGCCAUGUUAGCCCCAAGGGAGAGAGAAGACAUAUAUGUGUGUCGGAAAGGAUACCAUUCCAUUAAUGUACAAGCUGUUGUAGAUGCAAACAUGAGAUUCACUAACAUUGUGGCAAAGUGGCCGGGAUCCACACAUGACAGUGUAAUCUUUGACAACUGUAGCUUGAAGGACUGGCUGGUGGAUGGAAGCAAAGGAUGGCUACUAGGAGACUCCGGCUAUGGACUGAAACCAUAUCUUCUUACUCCAAAGCUGAAUCCAAUGAGCAGAGCUGAGAUCGCGUUCAACUUGGCCCACAGUCGUUCGAGGAUGGUAGUAGAGAGGGCGUUUGGACUGUUGAAGUCACGUUUUAGGUGUCUUCACAAAACUGGAGGCUAUCUACAAUUUUCGCCUCAGAAGAUAGCUCUGGUUGUGACUGUAUGUGCCAAGCUGCACAAUCUGUGUCUGAGUGAUGGUUUCCUUGACAUUUAUGACAUUGACGUAGAAGAUGAUGAUGACAAUGUACAACUGCCACUGGAAAACCCUGACCUGAAUGCGUUGCGUGCACGGGCCUUACUGAUUGAGAGAUUUCACUAAAAAAGGAUUCUAUAUUAAUUUAAUAUAGAAUACCUUUUUCAGGGAAAUCGCUCAAUCAGUAAUGAAUUGAUUCUCAAUAGCAUACUGAACUGUUUAAUGUAUUGUUUUGUUCAUUUCACUACUAGAGUAUUGUUUUAUUACUAUGUGAUACUAGGUGAUAUUUAG